GCUGUCCGCGUCACGCGUCUGGGUCUCAGUAUGUGGUAUUUUGCUCGCGAGCUCUGUGUGAACGCUACAAAGAACCUCAAGCUUCUAGGACUUUGGAACAGGCCUGCUGCCUUCAUGUCCACUCUGCUGAUCAAUCAGCCCCAGUAUACUUGGCUGAAGGAGCUGGGGCUCCGCGAGGAAAACGAGGGCGUGUAUAAUGGAAGCUGGGGCGGCCAGGGAGAGGUUAUUACAACCUAUUGUCCUGCUAACAAUGAACCAAUAGCAAGAGUCCGGCAGGCCAGUGUGGCAGACUAUGAAGAAACUGUAAAGAAAGCAAGAGAAGCUUGGAAAGUCUGGGCGGAUAUUCCUGCUCCAAAGCGAGGAGAAAUAGUAAGACAGAUUGGUGAUGCCUUGCGGGAGAAGAUCCAAGUACUGGGGAACCUGGUGUCUUUGGAGAUGGGGAAAAUCCUAGUGGAAGGUGUGGGAGAAGUUCAAGAGUACGUGGAUAUUUGUGAUUAUGCUGUUGGCUUGUCACGCAUGAUCGGGGGACCCAUCUUGCCUUCUGAAAGACCUGGCCAUGCACUCAUUGAACAGUGGAAUCCUGUAGGCUUGGUUGGAAUCAUCACUGCAUUCAAUUUCCCUGUGGCAGUGUAUGGCUGGAAUAAUGCCAUUGCAAUGAUCACUGGGAAUGUCUGCCUUUGGAAGGGGGCUCCAACAACUUCCCUCAUUAGUGUUGCUGUCACAAAGAUAAUAGCCAAGGUUCUGGAGGACAACAAGCUGCCUGGUGCAAUUUGUUCCUUGACUUGCGGUGGAGCAGAUAUCGGCACAGCAAUGGCCAAAGAUGAGCGGGUAAACCUGCUCUCCUUCACUGGAAGCACUCAAGUGGGAAAACAGGUGGCGCUUAUGGUGCAGGAGAGGUUUGGGAGAAGUUUGUUAGAACUUGGAGGAAACAAUGCCAUUAUUGUUUUUGAGGAUGCAGACCUCAGCUUAGUUGUUCCAUCAGCUCUCUUUGCCGCCGUGGGGACAGCUGGCCAGAGGUGUACCACUGCAAGGCGACUGUUUUUACAUGAAAACAUCCAUGAUGAUGUUGUAAAUAGACUUAAAAAGGCCUAUGCACAGAUCCGCAUUGGGAACCCAUGGGACCCUAAUGUCCUGUAUGGGCCACUCCACACCAAACAGGCAGUGAGCAUGUUUCUUGGAGCCGUGGAAGAAGCAAAGAAAGAAGGAGGCACAGUGGUCUGUGGGGGCAAGGUUAUGGAUCGCCCUGGAAAUUAUGUGGAACCUACAAUCGUGACAGGUCUUGCCCAUGAUGCCUCCAUUGCACACACAGAGACUUUUGCUCCUAUUCUUUAUGUCUUUAAAUUCAAGACUGAAGAAGAGGUCUUUGCAUGGAACAAUGAAGUGAAACAGGGACUUUCAAGUAGCAUUUUUACCAAAGAUUUGGGCAGAAUCUUCCGCUGGCUUGGACCUAAAGGUUCAGACUGUGGCAUUGUAAAUGUCAAUAUACCAACCAGUGGGGCAGAGAUCGGAGGUGCAUUUGGAGGAGAAAAACAUACUGGUGGUGGCAGGGAGUCUGGCAGUGAUGCCUGGAAACAGUACAUGAGAAGAUCUACUUGUACCAUCAACUACAGUAAAGACCUUCCACUGGCUCAAGGAAUCAAGUUUCAGUAAAGGUGCUUUAGAUUGACCUUAUUUAAGGUCUUUUAGGCAUUCCUGUAACUGCUCUGAAGAAGACCAAGAAAAUAAAGAUUUACUCUGAUUAAAUGCAUCACCCUGAAUAUAACGUUGGCUAAUACCCUAUGACCCCCACAACCCUAUCUAAAUUAAGAGACUCAUUUUUUAAAAAGCUCAAAAUGUUCACAACAUAACCAUAUUUAGUAAAAAAUGGGUUGGAUGAAUUUUUAUGUCACUAGUUGUACACAAUCAUUUUAUAAUUAGAGAAAGCACACAUCUUGGUAGGAAAUCAGGAAUAUAUGGGACAAAAUAGAGAACAAAAUAGAAGCCUUUACAGUAGAUGCAGGAUGUCUCCUAAGUAAGGAAGGAAUUCUUGUGUUGGGCAUACCCUCCUCUGGCAUGUUUUGGAAAAGGUGUGAUUGAAAGGAAAUGUGUGCUUAUUUAUAUGCUGAGGACCCUAGCACAUGGGGGAUCACUUGCUAUGUUUAAAAUGACAGGGUGUUUACCACCAGUCAUAGCUCUUGCUGUGAUGUCUAUGUCAACUUGGGAGAGAUCUGCAGGGUGGAUAUAGAUUGUGCUCUUGCCCUGGAACCUGUCACCUGCCUAGGGCUCUGAGGCCAAAGAUGCCUGUGCAGAAUGCUAUUGAAAGCAUGUCUAGAUGUCUCAUACAACCUGACUGUUUUCUUCAGCUGUUAGGCUUUUACAGUUGCUCUUGAACUGUUCUUAGUCCCUGAACCUCCACAUGUGGCAUCAUGUACUCAGAACUCUGGGCAGGUUGCUUGCUUCCCCGCGACCUCCCCAUUUUUUCAUACUGGGGAUUGAACCCAGGGGCAUUUUACCACUGAGCUACAUCCCUAGCCCUUUUAAAUUUUUUAUUAGGAGACAGGGUCUUAUUAAGUUGAUUAGGGUCUCCCUAAGUUGCCGAGGCUGGCUUUGAACUUGUGAUCCUCCUGUCUCGGCCUCCCAAGUUGCUGGUGUGGCUGGUGUUACAGGCAUGUGCCACCAUACCCAGAUGUUUGCUUUUUUUUUGUUGAGAGACUCCUCAUUGGGAAGCUGCACAGGAGCCUUUGUACUGGUUCAGGCCAGGGACUUCUGUCCUGGCACACCAUGCUCCCCUUCUGCUUGGCAGCCCCUACUUCCUCUAUUCCUGUCAGACUGGACCAGAGCAGAAGUCCUUGAAGAAGAUGACAUUUGUAGACAACCUGUUGUGCCAGGAUGUAUAGAGAGUUGUACAACUGGUAGAGAGUUUGUGGUUGGAUUAUGACACUGAGAAGCAAUCAAAUACAAAACUAAACAACUAUAAAUGUACCAGAGAAGGAAAGGUAUUCAUCGUGUAUUCCAUGACCGGCUGAGAAUACUGUUUACCUAGGUAUACUAAUGUCACCAUCGAAUAUGAAUCAAGCCAAGUAUGGAUGAUAAAUCUAGUGAGAGGCUGUUGACAAGAAGAAAUCAGAUGAAGGCAGAUGGAAAGCAGUUCUUCAUUUUCUAUAAUAAUUCUUCAUUUUCUGUUCCUAAAAUUAUUAAAACAAUUAGUAGCAACAUGGGCUUAUUAAGAGAAGAAGUUGGAAAGAGUCAUUGCUUGGGGCGUGGAGACAGAAGUUGCUAUUUUUCAUAAGCCUUGUAGAACUGUGUGAUUCUUUAAAUCAAGAGAAUGUUUAACUAAUAAUAAUUAACAUAAAUGCAUGAUGUGCAGUCCUCCCUGGAAUCCUGCAUUUCUAGACCUCCUCCCAUGCCUCUCCCAUUGUUUGCUCCCGUUUAUUGAACUAAGGACUACUUUUAAAUGGUCCUACUGAAAGCCAAAUUUCCCUUCAUAUUAUCAGGUUCAAAAUGGACUUAAGAGAAAGGUGCUUCUAAGAGUAAGCACUAGUUUAAGAAAAUCAUGCAAUUUGGUCAUAAAAAUCUUGUUAUGGUUUUUGUUUUUUGUGUCACAUGUUUAAGUAUUCUAGUCCUAUUUCAUUUAUAUCUGAAGAAAGUUAAACAUUAACAUUUUUAGUAAUCACAUCAUGAUAGACCAUUUUCAUUUUGUGAAAUUAUGCAGAAUUAUUUUUGAUUGAUUAAAAUACGUCUUUAUAUCCUAUUUUCCCAGCAUCAUAUUUUGAAACAAGUGUUCCAGAAUAAAAGCUAUAUCAGUGUUCUCUUUGAUUUCAAAUAUUUUAUGUUCAUACUUUUCCUCUAGUGAGGUAUUUAAAGAAGCUCUCCAUCCUCCUGUGUGCCUGCUGGGGUUAUGACAUGGUGGCCACUUUGUAAUGGUAUCUCUUGUAUGUUGGUUAGAGGGGGUGACUGGGGUCUGUAAUCUUGGCUGUUGAAUUCCUGAACGCUUUCUUUGAAGCUACUACAUAAUUUUUCUACUCAUAUUUCUAAGUACAAUAAAGAGUCAUUUUUUUGUCAUAAUGUUCACUCAAAAUUUUUGCCUUUAAAUUGCUCCUCUUUGUUCUUUUUUACUGACUUAAAUAAAAGUUGCUUAGUAAUAUUUUUAACCACAAAAAUAAAAAUGUACAUCUGUA